AUGGAAUCCAAGUUUUUCAGGUUUCUGAAGGUGGUGGGCGUUGGGUACAAGGCCAGAGCGGAGGCGGAGGGCCGCCUGCUGCUCCUGAAGCUGGGUUACAGCCACGAAGUGGAGUUGACUGUGCCACCGGCUGUCCGGGUAUUCUGUUUCAAGCCCAACGUGAUCUGCUGUACAGGCAUCGACAAGCAGCGGGUGCACCAGUUCGCCGCCACUGUCCGCAGCUGCAAGCCCCCCGAGGUCUACAAGGGCAAGGGGAUUAUGUACCUUGAUGAGGUGAUCAAGAAGAAACAGGGAAAGAAGUCAAAGUGA